AUGGCGGCUGUGCUAUUUACACCGGGCUAUUGUCGAGCGCCUUGCGGCAUCAUCACCAUGAUUAGGUUGGUGUUCACAGUGUUCGCUAUGCCAGCAGUGAUCGGCAUUAUAGUUACCGAUCCUCCACCGCUUGCUAUUCAGUACAAGUACUCGUACGAUAUCCAGGAUCCGACUACAGGAGACACGAAGAGUCAACAUGAGGUUAGACAAGGCAACAUAGUCACUGGGCAAUACUCCGUUGUUGAACCAGAUGGAACUAAGCGUAUUGUUGACUACAAUGUGCACCCAAGAAAGGGAUUCACGGCAGUCGUGCACACGGAGCCAGCUGUUACUCAGCGUACUCCAGCGCCAGUGAACAAUUAUGUGAUACCUACCAAUAACCGUCAGGCCUUUGAACGAUUUGAAUUGGCACCUAAUAAGGACUUAUAUGCUAAUGGAAAUACAGUACCACUCCUUUACCAGGCUAAAACUUAUCGGCCUAAUUCUGUACUUUAUUUCGCUCCUGCGAAUCAUAUAUCUGAUGGUAGGUCUCCGGAGUCUCCGCUACAUCGAGAGCAAUAUUUUGUUCCAUAUAAUAGAAAUUGA